UAACUGCUCAGGAUUCAGGAUGCUGCUGCUGUCGCUACUGCCGCUGCUGCUGAUUCAAUGCUCGUUAACAAGUGGAGCCACUGAUCCCAUAUACCUGGUGUCUGUCACUUCCCAGGCGGUGAGUGGUAGCACAGAGACUCUGUGUGCACAGAUCCAUGAGCCCAAAGAACCACUUUCUUUAGUGGUAACUUUGAGGUCUGACAGUGGAAAUGUGACCAUUCUACAACAGGGCUCCAUUACAAAGGAUUUCUACAAAUGCGUCCCAUUUAAGGUCCCUCUAGUCACUGUGGAGUCUGUGGCAUCCGUCAAUGUUGCAAUCCGAGGAGGCACAACAUCCCUGAGCAAAACCACUCAGAUCCUCAUAAAUCCCCCCCAAAAUCUUAUUUUCAUCCAAUCAGACAGGCCUAUCUACAAGCCAGGACAAACAAUUAAAUUUCGCAUUGUGUCUCUGGAUUCCAAUUUCUUGCCCCACAAACAAGUGUUUAAAACGGUAGAACUCCAGGACCCUAACUCGAAUCGCAUUGGUCAGUGGUUGAAUCAGUCAACAAGGAUUGGCAUUUUGGACCUGUUCCACUCCAUAUCUCCAGAAGCCACUCAGGGUUACUACACGAUCAGUGCUUGGGAUGAGAAGAACCACCAAACAUCACACAACUUUGAAAUUAAAGAAUAUGUUCUGCCAAAAUAUGAAGUGAUCAUCAAUUUUCCAACUGUAAUAACCGUCCUGGACAAAGAGGUCACUCUGAAAGUUUGUGCAAAAUACACUUAUGGGAAGCCUGUGCAGGGGUCUGUGAAUGCUGAAGUGUGUGGGAAUUCCUGGUUUUACUAUUAUAGAACCUCUAAUAAAAGGGUUGACAUAUGCAAGUCAUAUUCAAUGAUGACUGACAAGACUGGCUGUGGGUCAUGGGUGGUCAAUGUGGAAGAAUUUGGCUUACAAUACAGUGGAAAUUUCCUGGUGAAUUCUAAAGUGGUAGAGUCUGGAACAGGGAUAACUGUGUCGGGUACUACUACAACAGCUAUGUUUACCAAUGAUUAUGUCAAUGUUAACUUUGAGGACACAUCAGACACAUACAGGCCUGGCAUGCUCUUUAAGGGAAAGGUUGUGGUCACUAAUCAACAGUCCAGUCCGAUGAAAAAUGAGCCAGUGAUUGUCUAUGCAGAUAAUGGUGAAAAAGUUGUUAAUGUGACACUGACGACAGACAGCACUGGCACUGCCAGUUUCUCUUUCAACACUUCUGAGUGGUCAGAAAAACAUGUGUCUUUACGGGUCCAACAUAAGGGAGAAGAGCGGACUGAUUAUUGGGGUUAUAGAUAUGGUCCAUCAGGCUAUCUCUACAUAAGACCCUUUUACUCCAAAAGCAAAAGUUUCCUGAUGUUGAUGAAGGCUUCAGGGAAGCUCAGCUGUAACAGUGAUGCAACUGUGGUGGCCAGUUACAUCAUUCAGGGCAAUGUACUGAAACCAGGCCAGAACACCUUGGAUUUCUUCUAUAUUGUCCUUUCCAAAGGCAGCAUGGCUCUAAAUGGCCGUCUGUCUGUAAGUGUGAAGACUGGAAAAGAAAACAAAGGAGAGCUGAGAUUCUCACUGAAGAAGACAGCAGCUCUGGCUCCAUUCGCUCAGGUGUUGGUUUACACCGUUCUUCCCAGCGGAGAAGCAGUAGCAGACAGUAUGAACUUCCCCAUUGAAGAAUGUUUGCCAAACAAGGUGUCUUUAAAGUUCUCGUCUCCCACGGCACUACCUGGAGAGAAGACAUCUCUUAACCUGAAAGCCAGUCCUGACUCCUUGUGCUCCGUUCGGGCCAUCGAUCAGAGCGUGCUUCUGUUGAGGCCAGAGGCCGAGCUCAAUGCAGCCACUGUCUUUGGAAUGUUACCAGUCCAGUUGUUGUCGGGGUACCCAUACAACACUGAGGAAAUGGAGCCUUACCCCUGCCGGCAUCCUAUGGAGAGGGAAUUUGCUGAACCUGCGAGGCGCAGGCGCAGCAUCAUGCAUUACCCUUACUACAGUCUCAAAAAUGAUGUCUACACCAUCUUUAGAGAAGUUGGAAUCAGAAUCGCUACCAACUCUGAUGUGAAAGCACCUGUUGUUUGUACUGAGAUUUUCAAUGAAAUGAAGGUGAUGAGGGAACGUAAAUUUGAAUUGGCCCCGUCGGGAGCGGGUUUUGGUACAAACAUGAAAAAUCAUGCUGGGAGGAUCCGCAAAUUCUUUCCGGAAACCUGGAUAUGGGAUCUUAUCCCUGUGGGGAGAUCAGGAUCUGUGGAUGUUGCAAAGACUGUCCCGGACACCAUCACUAAAUGGGCUGCAGGGGCUUUCUGCACGUCCCCUUCCGGGUUUGGACUGGCCCCCAACAUCAAUCUCACUGCUUUCAAGCCCUUCUUUGUGAGCCUUUCCCUCCCUUACUCUGUUAUCCGUGAGGAGACGUUCACUCUCAAAGCCUCUGUAUUCAACUACCUCCCCAAAUGUAUCAUGGUGAAGGUCACGCUGGCGGACUCACAGCAGUUCACUGCUCGGCCGUGUAAAGGUUGCACAUACACUCAGUGUGUUUGUUCUGAAGAGAGCAAAACCUUUCAGUGGAUUGUUACGCCUUCUGCCCUGGGAAAGGUGAACAUUACAGUGCGCGCUGAGGCGGUGCAAACCCGAGAACUGUGUGGCAAUGAAGUGGUGACUUUUCCGGACAAAGGCAGAAUUGAUACUGUGAUGCAGAGUGUUCUGGUGGAGGCGGAGGGAACUAAACAGUCCGUCACUCAGAAUGAACUCCUCUGCUUAACAGACCGUCCACAGGAGACAUCCGUCUCCCUCACUCUACCCAAUGUUUUUGUCAAGGAUUCUGCCAAAAGCUUCGUCACUGUUCUGGGUGAUCUGAUGGGUCGUGCUUUGAAGAACAUUGGUAAUCUGUUGGCUAUGCCAACAGGCUGUGGAGAGCAGAACAUGCUGCUUUUUGCCCCCAAUAUUUACAUUCUUCAGUACCUGGAGAGCAGCGGGCAACUCACUCCUGAGAUUAAAGGCCGAGCCAUAACCUUCCUGGAGAGCGGCUAUCAGAGAGAGCUGACUUACCAGCAUUAUGACGGAUCUUACAGCGCUUUUGGGAUGAAUGAUCCUUCUGGUAACACCUGGCUAACUGCAUUUGUGAUGAAGACUUUCGGUGGGGCAACGCAGUACGUAUUUAUAGAUCAGAACAACAUCGACAGGGCAAAGGAUUGGCUGGGUCAACAGCAGAUGGACAAUGGCUGCUUCGCCUCUGUUGGGAGGCUUUACCACAUUGAAAUGAUGGGUGGCGUCAGCGAUGAAGUCACUCUCUCUGCAUACAUCACUGCAGCGCUGCUGGAAUUAGGCGUACAGACAUCUGAUCCCAUGGUGGUGAGAAGCCUUGCGUGUCUAAAGGAGGCUUCGCUUAACAUUACCAACACUUACGUCACCGCCUUGCUGUCCUACACCUUCACUCUUGCUGGAGAUGUGCAGAUGAGGCAGAACCUCCUCUCCAACCUGGACCAGCAGGCCAGAAGAGAAGGUGUUGGACGAUAUUGGACUAUGGCUAAUAAUCCUCAGACGAUGGGCUCUGUGGAGGUAGAGAUGAGUGCUUACGUGUUGCUUGCGCUGCUCUCGGGACCCUCUCUACCUGGAUUUGGACUAAACUACUCUGCUGGCAUAGUGCACUGGCUAAGCAAGCAGCAGAACGCCUAUGGAGGAUUCUCCUCUACCCAGGAUACUGUAGUAGCACUCCAGGCCCUCGCUAAGUACAGUGCUGCCACCUACAAUCCAGAAGGAUCUAUUACCGUCACCGUGACCUCCCCCUUAGGCCAGAAAAACCAGUUCACCGUGAACCGGAACAACCGCUUGCUUUACCAGGAGAAACAGCUUCCGCAAACUAAUGGCACAUUCAAGCUCAGGGCAGAAGGAAAAGGCUGUGUGUUUGUGCAGUUCGCCUUGCACUACAAUAUCCCGCCUCCUCCUGACUCGUUGGCCUUCAGCGUCAAAGCAAAUACUGGGGUUUGCAACAACACAUGGAACGCAGCUUUUACAUUAACCACCACUGUCCGGUAUGACGGCACACGAGAGGAGACCAACAUGGUGAUCAUUAACAUCAGGCUGCUGUCUGGGUUUAAGCUGGAUGAGACGUCUCUGCUGGCUCUGAAGGAAGACCCCACCGUCAAACGAGUGGAUCUGGACGAGGAUCAUGUCAUUAUAUAUUUGGAUGGGCUGAAAAAGAAGCAGGUGAAGACCAUCAGCCUGCAGCUCCUGCAGGACGUCCUGGUGCAGAACCUGAAACCAGCUGUAGUGAUAGUCUAUGAUUACUACAAGAUCAGUGAAUUGGCUGUGAUUGACUACACCUCCCCAUGUGCAUAAACACUACAUGAGUGGGAG